AUGAUCUUUAAGUGCUCCCUUGCAGACGGCCACUGCGAUUCGUAUGACAUAGAUCCAAGCCCCAAUGUAUAUCAAAAAGCAGGGGAAAACAUUUUAAAGGCUGAGGGCAGGGACUAUCAGUGGCUGGGAGGAUCGAUGGACGGCGGGACCAGGGAUGAGGAUAAUCUCGUUGUGUGUGCUCCGCGAUUUUACAAAUCAGAGAAAAAACAGAUCUCCAUGAUUGGAACCUGCUACACGGUGAAGGACACAACUAAACCGCGGACCGGCAUUCGUAUCAAUCCAUUCACCCGUAAAUAUAGGCAGACCCAUGAAAUGGAAAACAAUAGAACAGAACCCUUCUAUCAAAUGGGUGAACUAGGACUGAGUGCUCAUGUGACGAAGAACUCCACGAUUCUGAUGGGAGCACCCGGAAUCGAUGUAUUUAAGGGGACGGUGUUUUUAAUGCAGAAAAAUCAAAACGGAGGAGCGAGACCAUCGUCACUAAGGCUUAAGAGAGAAGUAUCCGAGCCAAAUAAAUGGGGCCAGGAGGAGGGCUCAUACUUUGGCUAUGCCGUUAGCUCUGGCUACUUUGACAGUUCGAAGCCGGACAACCUCCUCUACGUGGGCACCGCUCCUCAUGCCAAUAAAAAUUUAGGAGAGGCCUACAUCUUUGAAUAUCGAGAUCUAGGAAAGAACAUCCAAAAGCUCUACGUCUUCAAUGGCACGCAGUUUGGCGAAUACUUCGGCUACUCCGUUUUGGCGGAGGAUCUCAAUGGAGACGGAAUGACGGACGUCAUCAUAUCAGCACCCCAGUAUGUUCCGGAUAUGCUUUCCCACGACAACGGUGCCAUCUAUGUGUUUAUCAACCGAGGCUCUUUUGUGUUUGACCGGGCGGUUAUUUCUUCGCCAGCGGGCAGUAAGGGCCGAUUUGGAACUACCCUAUCGCCAAUAGGCGAUAUCAACCGAGAUGGAUACAAUGAUGUGGCCGUGGGAGCUCCCUUUGCCGGAAACGGUGCGGUGUUUAUUUACCUGGGUAGCGAACACGGAUUAAGGAAAGAGCCUAGUCAGCGAUUGAAUGCUCCUCUCCAUCAUACUUCCAAGUUAGGAUCACAUUUAGAAAUGUUUGGUCAUGGCUUAUCCCGCGGAUCGGAUAUAGACAAAAACGGGUUCAACGACUUUGCCAUCGGAGCUCCCAAUGAGGAGGUUACUUAUCUGUACAAGGCAUAUCCUGUUGUAAAGGUAAUAGCAACAGUAGAACCUACAAGACAUCGGAUUGAACCGGAGCAAGACAAGCUGAAUAUAACCGCCUGCUACAAGCUGACUACCUCAUCCACGAUAAAGGAGGUACAGGAGCAGGAGUUAGACAUCCGGAUUGAGCUCGACGCGGGAAAGGGUAGUUUCAACAAGAGUAUUUGGAUCCACUUCUCGGAUACUGCGGGUCUCGAAGAAAAGUGCACGAAACACGAAAUUGAAAUGACACCAGAAGCUAAGUUCGACAACAUUACGAUGAAGAUGCACUACGAGCUAAAGAAAAAGAUUCCGGAAAAUCCAGAAGAAAUUGAUGAACCCAUAACAGAGUUCUGCGAAGACUGUGCGGUUCUUGAUCCGGCAGAACCAAAGUUUUCCACAGGGAAUAUCACCUUUAGCACUGGCUGUUUCAAUGAUACUUGCGUGGCUGAUCUGAAGCUAAGGAUCUCAUAUGCAAGCUCCGAAUUUAUUUUGGGUUCUUCCGACACCCUACGUUUGAGGUACGACAUCAUCAACGAUGGGGAGGACGCUUUCCAGCCGCUAUUCAAGGUGUUCAGCACUCCCAGCCUGGAUUUCGCUCAGAUUCCGGGUAACUGCGAGGUUGCCAAAGGCGUCAUGUUGUGCGACCUGAACAAUGGAUUUCGGCUGGGCAAAUCCCUAUCCACCUACGUCGAUGUAUUUUUCGAUGUUAGCCAGUUGGGAGGACAGUCACUGGCCAUCGACGCAACAGUUUCCAGUGCCCUAAGCGAGUUGAAUCCCAAGGAUAACAAUAUAAUCACAGUGAUCAGCCUCAAGGAGAAUUCUGAAAUCGAUGUCAUUGGAGUUCAGAAGAAUGAUCAAAUUGUUCUUAAAGAGGAUCCUUACACCGCGGAACUCAUGAACCAAUACGAGAUCAUGAGCCACGGUCCAAGUACAAUAGAAAAGUUAAAUGUGUCACUUUAUAUUCCCGUGGCUUAUAAGACGACUGAUUCUAAAACUAUUCCCAUCAUGAAUAUAUCCAGCAUUCAAAUACAGGCCAGCUACACGCCUGAUUCUAAGCCACUCAGGAUCGAUCUUUUUAAUCAGUUUAAUGAACUGGUCAAGGUCUUCACGGAAUCCUAUAGGCAAACCUCCUUAUCGACGACUAGAAAGCGUAGGAAUGCCGAAGCUCUGAAUGGCCUCAACGAAAAUUCCACAAUAUUAAGUGUCCAGACUGAAGAACUGUUGGAAGAAGACCUUCCGAAGGACAACACCAUUGUGUUUAAUUGCCAGGAUAUCGAAAAUACGGCAUGCGUUCGGAUCGAAAUGAGGGUAGAUCUAAAGCCCGAUAAACCAAUUAAUCUAAACAUAAGCUUCAAUGUGGAUCUGAGGGACAUGGAGGGUUCCUGGAACUACUUUGUCUUCAAGACCGACAUGAAUCUGCUUAAGAUGGGUGAUUCCACCUUGACUUCUCUGUUUGUACAUAAAAAAAUCAAAUCGAAUAUUAUAUUUAGAAAUGGAAUGGACAUCUGGCAAAUAAUUUUGUCAGUGUUGGAAGGCUUUCAUCGAGAGACUAAACUGCACGUCUGGCAAUUAAUGUUGUCCAUAUUGGUGGGUUUGCUUCUGCUUUCUGCAAUAACAUUUAUACUUUACAAGUUUGGAUUCUUCAAACGACCCAUAAGGGAAAAAUUGAACAGGAUGAUUGAACAGAUAUCCUCCGAGAUUGAGAUGCAAAACCUUUAA